GGUAGAGUGAGUCAAAGAGGCGUAGGAGAGCAUCUAAACUGGAGAUAGCGAGUGCCGAGGCACGAUCCCUCCAUAUUUUAUUCAGUGUUGAAGGAAUUUUGAUUCCCACCGAUUCCACUGCUUCAAAUUAUGGCGUCAUCACCAUUUAAGAAUCAGCUGUCUGAUUCUCUCAAUCUCUUUUUCUUUUUUUGUUUUCUUUUAAAUUUCUUAUAUUACGAUACUCUCAAUCUCUUUCAAGCUCACUCUCUAUCUCUCUCUGUGUAAUCUUUGCUAAGCCAUUGGUUGACUUUAAAGCGAGAAGUACAAUGUCCUCGAUUGGUUUCUUGCGUACGUGUAUGUGGGGUCCAUGUGCAGAAGUGAGAAUCUUUCUCACACAACAAUAGCCUGGAAUCAGAAUAAGUCAUGUUUUCUAAGGAGAAGAGGCCCAGAUUGAAACUUUGGAAUUGUGGGGAGAUAUCACAAGGAACUAGGACAAGGAAAUAGCCUCUUGAAAGCUCUUUAUAAGGUUUUCCGUUGCUUCUGUUCCUUGUCUUGCAGACAGUUUUCAUGGGUAUUGCAGAAAAAAGUAUAUGAAUGAUACAAGGAAACUACCCACUUGGGUAUCCACAAGAAUCCUCACACAGACUUGAAGGCAGGACGCUAAAGACGUAAAUUGUUCCUAAGAUAUCUUCAUUUUUUAUAGCUCAAAGACGGAUUGGUUUUUGGGACCUAAAGGUUCUAGAAUACAACUGAGCAUAAUAUAGAAAGUGGGGCUUCUGCACAAGGGUCAUCAUGGACGAUGAUGUUUUAUCACCAGCUACCAUGAUGGGAGCCCAACCUGAUUCCACUACGGAUUUAGACUUCAUGGAUGAACUGUUCUUAGAGGGAUGCUGGUUGGAAACCACAGAUGGACCUGAAUUUCCUAAUCAAAGCCACGCCAAUUCUGGUGCCCAUUUAAACUCCUCAGUUUUUUGGCAUACGUUGGAGGCGAAUGGCAAUUUGACCAUGAACCCAUCUGAAAACAGUAAUCAAGAAGUGAUACAAACACCAUUCUUCAAACAACUCCAUGAAGGUCCUGUGAAUCCUCAGUUUCCGAGCCAGAAUAUGAUAGAUGUUGAUGGGUACUCUGGUCACUCAGCAGAUCCUACAAUUAAAAGUUAUGAAUUGAACAGAAGGUGGUGGAUUGGUCCCUUGGGAAAUCAAGGUCCUGCAUCAUCUGUGAUGGAGAGACUAACGAGGGCUCUUGUGUGCAUUCGAGAUGUCAUGAGAGACAAAAAUGUUCUUGUACAAGUAUGGGUGCCUGUAAAUAAAGGGGGUAGAAAUGUUUUAACUACUAACGAUGACCUUUUCUCGCUUGAUUCUAGCUGUCCCAGGCUUUCCAAAUAUCGAGACAUCUCUGUUAAUUAUCAAUUCUCAACUGGAGAGGAUUCUACGGAGUUGGUUAAGGGGUUGCCCGGCCGGGUUUUCUCAGGUCAGGUUCCUGAGUGGACUCCUGAUGUUCGAUUCUUCAGAAGUGAUGAGUACCCACGGGUUGACUAUGCUCAACGUUAUGAUGUACGUGGAACUCUAGCUCUUCCUAUCUUUGAACAAGGUAGUAGUACUUGCUUGGGUGUGAUUGAGGUUGUUACAACCACCCAAAAGAUAAAGUAUCAACUUGAGCUUGAAAGUGUUUGCAAGGCACUUGAGGCUGUUGACCUUCAAAGUUCUAGAAAUUGGAGUACUCAAAACGUAAAGCAGGGGUGUGUCAAGCCCUAUCAAGCUGCAUUACCUGAGAUCCGAGAGGUCUUGAGAUCUGCAUGCGAGACACACAAAUUGCCUUUGGCACAAACUUGGGUGUCAUGCAUCCAACAAGGCAAAGAUGGGUGCAGACAUUCUGAUGACAACUACGUUCACUGUGUUUCAACUGUGGAUCAUGCUUUCCAUGUGACUGAUCCUUAUAUCGAGGGAUUUCAUGAAGCUUGCUCUGAGCAUCACUUGUUAAAAGGCCAAGGCAUUGUUGGGAAAGCUUUUAUGACCAAUCAACCAUGCUUCUCAGAUGACAUAACGUCCUGUGUCAAGACAGAGUAUCCUCUAUCUCACCAUGCCAGGAUGUUCGGAUUGCAUGCAGCUGUUGCAAUACGUCUAAGGAGCAUGAAAACUGGUUCAACUGAUUUUGUUCUGGAGUUCUUCUUGCCAGUGGAGUGCAGGGAUCCAGAAGAACAGAAAAAGAUGCUAAAUUCACUGUCCAUAAUUAUACAACAGAUUUGCCGGAGCUUACGGGUUGUCACAGACAAGGAACUAGAGGAGGAAUCUGAUUUUCCUGUCAGUGAGAUGAUAGUCUCUUCGGAUCCCAGACCUAGCGGUAUUGCCAGUUUCACAGAGGUCCAACUGAGUGGUAAUGAUGUCUCAAUAUUCCCAAUGGAAAAUCCAAGGGAGGUGCUGGGUGUGAAAUCCUCAAAGUUAAGGCAACAUCAACCAGAUUCAAACCUAAAGGUUGGUGUCAAGUGUGGGAGAGAGUGUUCUGCUUUGGGCGAGGGUAGCUUCUCAAGUGUUGGUGUGAGCAAGACAAGAGAGAAAAGGCGUACUAGGGCAGAAAAAGCCAUCACCUUGGAAGUUCUUAGAAAAUAUUUUUCAGGCAGCCUAAAGGAUGCUGCAAAUAGUAUUGGAGUUUGCUCCACAACCUUGAAAAGGAUAUGCAGACAGCACGGGAUUAAACGUUGGCCAUCUCGAAAAAUUAAGAAGGUUGGUCACUCUUUACAGAAACUCCAACUUGUAAUUGACUCAGUUGAAGGUGCAUCUGGGGCUUUCCAAAUCAACUCUUUCUAUACAAACUUCCCAGAGUUAACAUCUCCGAAUUUAUCGGGGACAAGCCCAUUUUCAACCUCAAAGCUGAGUGAUCAGCCAAAGCCAACAAACUUGUCACCUGAAGGUGGUGUUGUCAGCCCCCAGGCUACUGCAUCAAAAUCACCCUCAUCUUCAUGCAGUCAGAGUUCCAGUUCAAGCCAAUGCUGUUCCAGCAGGACACAGCAACAUCGCCCCACAUGUAAUGUCACUGGUGAUGAUGAUCCAAUUGUUGGAGAUAACUCUGGCGAUGGUGUGCUAAAGAGGGUCAGAAGUGAAGCAGAGUUGCAUGCCUUUGGUCAAGAUCGAACACAGCUACUACCAAGAUCCCAGAGCCAUAAAAUUCUCAAUGAGCUGCAAAAAUUGCAGCCUAUUCCACCUUCACUGAAGAAUAAUGGGGUAGCUCAAGAAAGGGAGGUUCGAAGAGUAAAAGUCGCAUACGGAGAUGAGAAAACCCGGUUUCGCAUGCAAAAUGAUUGGAGAUAUGAAGAUUUGGUGCAAGAAAUCGCAAAGCGAUUUAGUAUAGAAGACAUGAGUAAAUUUUAUAUCAAAUACUUGGAUGAUGACUCAGAGUGGGUCUUAUUAACAUGUGAUGCUGAUUUAGAGGAGUGUAUUGAUGUAUGCAGAUCGUCACAGAGCAACACAAUUAAGCUCUCUCUCCAUCUUUCUCGUCAUCAUUUGGAAAGGUUUAUAGGUACAGGUGGCCCAUGAUGCUCCCUGAGUUGCAAAACUGAGGUAGCAGAGUAUUUCCUUCUUCAAAAAUGGAGGCGCACCUUCCUUAAUUAAUUUUAGUAGGGAGGGAAGCCUCCGUUGUUGGAGUAUGAAAUCUUCACAAUGUCAACAAAGAGUAAUGUAAAAGAAAAAUGCAAGUUUUGUGUCUCACAGAACUGAAAGCAAGGAUACUGGAAAAGAACUAUUUGGGUGCUCCA